UAUUAAAAUUCUUCUACCUUCCACAUUAGGGUUUUCUGCUGGGGGUUUUCUCUUCUUGCUCUGUUCUGUUUUUCUCCAUUACCAUUCUAGUCCAUGCUUUUUACCAAUUCAAGCGUCUCUGGAAAUUUUCUUCUUCAAUUGGUUCGAACGCAUGUGAAAAGUCAAGCUUUUUUCCAUUCUUGAAGAGAAAGAGAGGGGCAAUUUUUAGAGAGAGAGAGAGAGAGAGAAGAGGGUAAAAAAAAGGAAGAAAAGAGUGAGUUGUGGGCUAUAAAUAUGGAAGCUCGGGUUGGUGGGGUGGUAGUUGAAGGAGGCCAAAUGGCUUUGAACUCUGCUGCUGCUGCCCAAGGGACCGUCGUCGAUGGCGGUGCUAGGAAAUUCUUGCAGCAUGGCCAGGUGAAGCAGUCUCUCAAUCAGCAAUCCCAGAUGGGCACCGUGCCUCAGCUUCUCGCCGGUGGUAUCGCCGGUGCCUUUAGCAAGACCUGUACUGCGCCUCUUGCUCGCCUCACCAUCCUCUUUCAGGUGCAAGGAAUGCAUUCUGAUGUUGCGAUAUUGAGCAAGGCUAGCAUAUGGCAUGAGGCUUCGCGAAUUGUCAAAGAAGAAGGGAUUAGAGCAUUUUGGAAAGGCAAUCUGGUUACAAUUGCUCAUCGCCUUCCUUAUUCUUCUGUCAACUUCUUUGCUUAUGAACGCUACAAGAAUGCAUUGCAGUCAAUUCUUGGGGAAAAUCGUAGGGAACAUGCAAGUGCAAAUCUUUUUGUGCACUUUGUCAGUGGUGGGAUGGCAGGAAUAACAGCUGCCUCAGCAACGUAUCCACUUGAUCUUGUGAGGACACGUCUCGCAGCACAGAGAAAUACAAUAUACUAUAAGGGUAUCGGGCAUGCAUUUCAUACCAUUUGCAGAGAUGAAGGCUUUUUGGGCUUGUAUAAAGGACUAGGACCAACACUCUUGGGUGUUGGACCCAGUAUAGCAAUAAGCUUUUCUGUUUAUGAGAUGUUGAGGUCUUUCUGGCAAUCUCGAAGGCCUAACGAUUCCACAAUCAUGGUCAGUCUUGCUUGUGGGAGUCUAUCAGGCAUUGCAUCAUCAACUGCAACUUUCCCUCUAGAUCUUGUGAGGCGAAGAAUGCAGUUGGAGGGGGCUGCUGGUCGAGCCCGGGUGUAUAAUACUGGUUUGUUUGGAACAUUUAGACUUAUAUUUAAGACCGAAGGCAUGCGGGGCUUGUAUAGAGGGAUUCUGCCAGAAUACUACAAGGUUGUUCCAGGUGUAGGCAUUGUGUUCAUGACCUAUGAAACGCUGAAGAUGCUUCUAACACGCAUUGAAACAAGUUAAUAUUUCGCUCAGAUUUCUCGUGUUCUCGGUAUCAGUUGUGCUUAUCAAUUUGAUUAAAACCAAAAAAAAAAAAAAAAAAAAAAAAAAAGAAAAAGAAAAAGAAAGAGAAAAAAGAAAAUUAGGAUUCCAACAGGUUAAAAAAGUUAGGAAAUAGAAUGAAGUUGGUUAGUGAUACAAGAUGGGCAGGUGAAAUACUUGUUUGGUAGUUUUGAGAAAUCCUAUCGUGGUAAAUUUUGCGGUUGCUGCCAUGAGGCGAUAAUUUUUUUUGAUGUAUAGGUAGUCACUUCCAUGAGUCACAUUAUUGUACCAAUUUAAGCAUUGUUAGUUUGUAACCUCAAAAGGUAUUCAUUGGUGAUUAAUAUUUAUCAACAUUACAGAUUUGUUCUGGCA